AUGGUCACCAUAUGGUGGAAUGCCCAAGGAGUGAUCCAUUAUUCCUUUCUACAACCAGGCGAAACUAUAACAGCGAUGUCUUAUUGUCGUGAAAUUGAUGUCAUGCAUGAGAAACUUAUGAAGAAACAACCAGUAUUGUUCAAUCGGCACGGCGCAAUAUUACUGCAUGAUAACACACGACCACAUAAAGCUUCAAUUACUGUUGACAAAUUAAUUUCUCUACAAUAUGAAAUUUUAGCAUAUGCUCCAUAUUCACCCGAUAUUUCACCGACCGAUUAUUAUCUUUUUCAGAUAUAUGAUUUGCCCAAUCGUUGGCAAAAAGUCGUAGAUGCCAAUGGAAAUUAUUUCAAUUGA